AUGUCUGAUGCCACCAGUGACAAUUCAAGUCAUGGCUUUCUGACUCCAGGCUCUGUAGGGUCAGAUCUGGAGCCUGAGGAAACUGUACCCCUGGACCCAGGCCCCGAGGAUACUGACUGGAAUCAACCCCUUCCCUGGAGAUUAGGUAGCUUCUAUCCCUGCCCCCACCAGUGCAUCAUCCCCCCUCUGUCCUUGUGGGAUGUUUUCAAUGUGGACCCAGUUUCUGAGCAACCUGUAUUGUUGGAGCUGAGUCCCCUCUGGCCCAUGUGCAACGUAAUAGGGACGUGGUUGGAAAACCUGGAUUACAACUUGGUGUUGUGUGGCUGUGGUACUGUCUGCUACUUGCUGUCAAUGACUCCUUUAUGGGCUGUCAGAACCCAGGUCAAUCGCUGGCAGGUGUUGCUGGACACAAAAGCCAUGAUGCAGGCCCACCUGAAGACUGGACCUCAAAAGAUGGACCUGAGCUGCCGCUGGAGACUGAGCAUCCUAAAGUACUCAAGGAUGGGGUUAGAGCUGGAACCUGCUGACUGCACCCUGCGGAAGGGCGGCUUCAAGGUGCACUCCUAUCUGCCCUGGCACAUGGACAUCCCAGAGGAAUGGAGCAGGGAGCCAGAAGAGAGAUUGUUUGUCAAUAAUAUUGAGAUUAUGUGUGACCUGAGAGCUUCCUCUCCUGAGCCUUCUUUUUGA